AUGAAGAUAAAGAGGAGGAUACAGAAGAAGAGGAUGAUAAUGAAGAAGAAGAAGAGGAUGAAGAAAAGGAUGAAGAAGAGGAUGAAGAAAAGGAUGAAGAAAGGGAUGAAGAAGAGUAUGAAGAAUAUGAUCCCAGAAAACAGGACUCAGGACAAGCUAGAACAAUCUAGGACAAGCUAUGCAGACAAGCUAGAACAAUCUAGGACAAGCUAUGCAGACAAGCUAGAACAAUCUAGGACAAGCUAUGCAGACAAGCUAGAACAAUCUAGGACAAGCUAUGCAGACAAGCUAGAACAAUCUAGGACAAGCUAUGCAGACAAGCUAGAACAAUCUAGGACAAGCUAUGCAGACAAGCUAGAACAAUCUAGGACAAGCUAUGCAGACAAGCUAGAACAAUCUAGGACAAGCUAUGCAGACAAGCUAGAACAAUCUAGGACAAGCUAUGCAGACAAGCUAGAACAAUCUAGGACAAGCUAUGCAGACAAGCUAGAACAAACCAGAACAAGCUAG